CAGCCAACAACGGCUUCUGGUAGAUAACAGCGUGACUCUUGGACUCACUAGUGUCACACAAGAUUCAGCCCUCACUAGUGUCUCACUGGUCUCUGGGGCAGAGUUGCGUUCAUGUCAUUGGAAGUCACACUGGAAUGUACUCAGCGAUGUGAUUGCUUCUUAGCGAGGCCAUGAUUCCUCCAGAACAACAAGGAUUAGAAGGGGAGCCCGGUAAGCCACCGGCUCCCAAGAAGAGCUCUCUGAAGGGCGACCGUGGAAAUGUCUGCCUACUCAUGUUCCUGUACAUGCUCCAAGGUAUACCCCUAGGUCUAGGGGCGUCAGUACCUAUGCUUCUACAGAGCAAGGGAGUCAGUUACAAUGAUCAGGCGAUAUUCAGUCUUGUCGGAUGGCCAUUCAGCAUAAAGCUCCUGUGGGCUCCGAUAGUUGACUCUGUGUACUCCGAGAGGUUUGGGCGUCGCAAGUCUUGGCUUGUUCCUGCACAGUACCUGAUCGGAAUCUGUAUGCUGACACUAUCGUCUUGGGUAGACUUUUGGAUUGAAGACACAGAAGGACCUCGAAUCGUCCUUCUCACUGGAUUCUUCUUCGUCCUCUGCUUUCUAGCUGCUACCCAGGACGUAGCGGUAGAUGGCUGGGCCCUCAGCAUGCUCAGGAGGGAGAACGUCGGGUACGCUUCUACCUGCAACAGCGUAGGACAGACGGCCGGGUUCUUUGUGAGCUUCUUCGUCUUCACCGCUCUGGAGUCUGCAGACUUCUGCAACACGUACUUACGUACUGAACCACUGCCUUAUGGUGUCGUCACUCUCUCCAGUUUCCUUAAAUACUUCGGGUGGGUAUUCCUAGUCACGACGACCCUCGUGAUGCUGCUCAAGAGAGAGGGGUUGCCGCCACCAGACGAAGAGCCAUGUGCGGGAAUCUUGGACACGUAUAAACAACUGGCACGAGUAAUGCAGCUUCCUGCCCUCAAGAAGUUGGCGGUGAUACUGCUGACGAUGAGUAUCAGUUUCAGUGCAUGUGACUCCAUCACCUGGCUCAAGCUGGUUGGAUCUGGAGUACCCCGCGAGAAGUACGCUAUGGUCACAGUGGAUCUCAUCCCGAUCAAGAUGUUCAUGCUCCUCAUGUUCUCCAAACGUUUAACGGGCGAGAAGCCUUUUCAAGUCUUUAUGAAAAUCUACCCCUUCAGACUGGGCCUCAACUUGGUUGUAGCUGCUUUCAUAUGGGCUAUUCCUUAUAUGAUAGUAAACAAUGAGAUCCCUCUCUACUUUUACGGUUUGAUGAUGCUGGUCUACGGGCUUGUGUCGAUCACCAUGUACUCCAUGUUCGUGGCCAAGAUGGCGUUCUUCGCACGGUCCAGCGACCCUGCCCUGGGAGGCACCUACAUGACCCUCAUGAACACGCUGAACAACAUAGGCUCGUCCUGGCCCAACUCUCUGGUGCUUCUGUUGGUCGACCCUCUCACGUUCAAACGCUGCCCAACAGAUGACUCCAACACUUGUUCCACGUCAGAACUUACUAAGGACUGUGUAGGCGGAUGUGUGACCCAAGUGGACGGCUACUAUGUGCUGAUCGCUGCAUGCAUGAUAUUCGGUCUGCUGUGGCUGAUGUGGGCCGGUCCCAUCACUCGAGAACUGCAGAAGAAAGACCCUCAGGAGUGGAAAGUGAAGUCACAACGCCAAAAGAAGUUGGAGCAGUCGCAGUUCCUGCAGGGACCCUGAUUACUUCCGUCACGAUACUGACCGAAUGACCCAUUCAUUAAAUCACAUUAUUGCGGAAGUAUACUUUUAAGGAUGACAGAAUCGUGACAGUAAUUUGAUAUAUAGUAUACGAGUACAAUAAUAAACCUUUUAACACGU